ACGCACGCCGUGUCCAGCAGGAUGCGGAGACGGGGGCGACAGGACCAGCUGAGAGGCCCGAAUGUGUGCGGAUCCCGCUUCCACUCCUACUGCUGUCCGGGAUGGAAGACUCUCCCCGGGGGGAACCAGUGCAUCGUGCCCAUCUGCCGGAACAGCUGUGGAGACGGGUUCUGCUCCCGCCCCAACAUGUGCACGUGCGCCAGCGGCCAAAUCGCCCCCAGCUGUGGGGCCAAAUCCGGUGUGCAGUGCAACGUCAGGUGCAUGAACGGGGGCCUGUGUGUGGAGGAUCACUGCAAGUGUCAGAAGGGCUACACCGGGACGUACUGUGGCCAGCCCAUCUGUGAAAAUGGCUGUCAGAACGGCGGGCGCUGCAUCGGACCCAACCGCUGCGCCUGCGUCUACGGCUUCACCGGGCCGCAGUGCGAGAGAGACUACCGGACGGGCCCGUGCUUCACGCAGGUGAGUGAGCAGAUGUGCCAGGGGCAGGUGAGCGGGAUCGUGUGCACCAAGACGCUGUGCUGCGCCACCGUGGGCCGGGCCUGGGGGCACCCCUGUGAGAUGUGCCCCCCCCAGCCCCAGCCCUGCCGCAGGGGCUUCAUCCCCAACAUCCGCACCGGAGCCUGCCAAGACGUGGAGGAGUGCCAGGCCAUCCCCGGCCUCUGUAAGGGGGGCUCCUGCAUCAACACCGUGGGGUCCUACGAGUGCAAGUGUCCCGCGGGCUACCGGCAGGACGAGGGGUCCCAGAAGUGCGAGGAUGUGGACGAGUGUGAGAGCGUUCUGCACGUGUGCGACGGGGGCCAGUGCCACAACACGCCCGGCGGCUACUCCUGCUCCUGCCCCCCCGGCUUCGCCCAGUCCGCCGACGGAACGCACUGCGUGGACCCCCGGCUGGGCUCCUGCUUCUCCUCCCUGCAGAACGGGCGCUGUGGGCAGGAGGGGGCGGGGCCGGUGGGGAAGGCCCAGUGCUGCUGCGACUCGGGACGCUGCUGGGUGCGGGGCGGCCUGCCCCAGUUCUGCCCCGUGCCGGGGUCCGAGGAGUUCCACAGGCUGUGCCUCUUCGGAGGGGGGCUGGGGGGGGACCCCAGGUUGACCCCCUUCCGGCCGGGCGACUACGACAUCACCACCAACGGGAACGGGCAGCGGCUGCCCCCCCCAGAGUUUGCCACGCUGAACCAGACGGUGGACAUGUGCCAGUUGCUGAGCAACCUGUGUCUGAACGGCCGCUGCAUUCCGGUCCCGUCCAGCUACCGCUGCGAGUGCAACAUGGGCUUCACCCAGGACGCCCGCGGGGACUGCACAGAUGUGGACGAGUGUGCAUCUAACCCUUGUGUAAACGGAGACUGCGUCAACACCCCCGGCUCCUACUACUGCCGCUGCCAUUCAGGGUUCCAGGGCAUCCCCCACAAACAGGCCUGCAUCGACAUCGACGAGUGCCUCCACAACGGCGUGCUGUGCAAGAACGGCCGCUGCCUGAACACGGACGGGAGCUUCCAGUGCGUCUGCAACGCCGGCUUCCAGCUAGCGCCUGACGGCCGGAACUGCGUCGACCAUGACGAGUGCGCCACCACCAACAUGUGUCUGAACGGCAUGUGCAUCAACGAGGACGGCAGCUUCAAGUGCGUCUGCAAGCUGGGCUUCACCCUGGCCUUCAGCGGCCGCUACUGCACCGACGUUGAUGAGUGCCAGACCCCGGGCAUGUGUAUGAACGGGCGCUGUGUGAACACUGAGGGGUCCUUCCGCUGCGACUGCCCCGCGGGAUUGGCUGUGGGUGCUGACGGGCGCUUCUGUGCAGACACGCACAUGCGCAGCACGUGUUACGGGGCGAUUAAGAAGGGGGUGUGUGUGCGCCCCUUCCUGGGCGCGGUCACCAAGUCAGAGUGCUGCUGCGCCAACGCGGACUACAGCUUCGGAGAGCCCUGCCAGCCCUGCCCCGCUCUGGCCUCAGCGGAAUUCCAGGCUCUGUGUCCGAGUGGCACCGGAUUCUCUGUGGAUGGGACAGACGUUAAUGAGUGUGCCCUGAACCCGGACAUCUGCUCUAACGGCGUGUGUGAGAACCUGCGCGGGAGCUACCACUGCGUCUGCAACGCUGGCUACGAGGCCGACCACACGGGCAAGCACUGCGCCGAUAUUGACGAGUGCAUGGUGAACCGGCUGCUCUGCGAUAACGGACUUUGCCGGAAUGUUCCGGGCAGCUACAGCUGCACCUGCCCGAAGGGCUACCGCUUCGAGCCGGACCUCGAGACGUGUGAAGAUGUGAACGAGUGUGAGAGUAACCCGUGUGCUAACGGGGUGUGUAAGAACAACGCUGGAUCCUUCAUCUGCGAGUGUUCGCCCGGCAGCAAGCUCGACGCCACCGGCCUCAUCUGCAUCGACAGUCUGAAGGGGACAUGCUGGCUGCAGGUGCAUGCUGGGCGCUGUGAGGUGAACAUUAACGGCGGGACGCUGAAGUCGGAGUGCUGUGCCACGCUGGGGGCGGCCUGGGGCAGCCCCUGUGAGCCGUGCGAGAUCGAUACUGUCUGUUCGAGGGGAUACGCCCGGCCCAAAGGGGUCCUGUGUGAAGAUGUGAACGAGUGCGAGGUCUUCCCGGGUGUUUGUCCGAACGGGCAGUGUGUGAACACCCAGGGGUCCUUCAAGUGCCAGUGUCCUGAGGGACUGACCCUGGAUGGGUCUGGCCGUAUCUGUGUGGACCUGCGUGCGGAGCGCUGCUUCCUGACCUGGGACGAGGACUCGUGCGGACAGGCCGUCCCGGGACGCUUCCGCAUGGACGCCUGCUGCUGCACGGUGGGCGCGGCCUGGGGGCAGGACUGCGAGGCCUGUCCUGAGCCGGGGACACGCCCCUACGAGGCCCUCUGCCCCCGGGGGCCCGGCUUCUCCAACAGAGGGGACAUGAUCACCGGGAGGGCCUUCUACAAAGAUGUGAACGAGUGCAAGGCCUUCCCCACCAUGUGCAUCCACGGAAAGUGCCGGAACACCAUCGGCAGCUUCAGGUGUCGCUGUGAGAACGGCUUCGCCCUGGACACGGAGGAACGCAACUGCACAGACAUCGAUGAGUGCCGUAUCUCCCCGGACCUGUGUGGCAGUGGGCUGUGUGUGAACACGCCCGGGAGCUUUGAGUGCGAGUGUUUCCCUGGAUACGAGAGUGGCUUCAUGAUGAUGAAGAACUGCAUGGACAUUGACGAGUGUGAGCGGAACCCAGCGCUGUGUCAGGGCGGGUCCUGUGAGAACACAGAGGGGAGCUACCUGUGCGUCUGCCCCCCCGGGCACCAGCUCUCCCCCGACGGGAACUCCUGCGUGGACGUUAACGAGUGUGAGCUGAGCCGCAGUCUGUGUCCUCACGGCGUGUGUGUGAACAUGGAGGGAACCUACCAGUGCUCCUGUAACCCGGGUUACCAGGCCACGCCCAACCGGCAGGGCUGCACGGACAUCGAUGAGUGCACCAUAGAGAACGGGGGGUGUGAUGUCCACUGCGCAAACUCAGAGGGCAGCUACACCUGCAGCUGCAGCGAGGGGUACGCCCUGAUGCCGGACGACAGGACCUGCACAGAUGUGGAUGAGUGUGAGGAGGCUCCUGAUAUCUGCGACGGCGGCCAGUGCACCAACAUCCCCGGGGACUACCGCUGCUUGUGCUUCGACGGGUUCAUGGCCUCCAUGGACAUGAGAGUCUGCAUAGACGUGAACGAGUGUGAACUGAACGCCAACAUCUGCCUGUUCGGGGAGUGUGAGAACACCAAGGGCUCGUUCAUCUGUCACUGUGAGCCGGGGUACUCUCUCAGGAAGGGCUCCACCGGCUGCACAGAUGUGGAUGAGUGUGAGAUCGGGGCCCAUAACUGCCACAUGCAGGCGUCGUGUGUGAAUUUGCCCGGAGCCUUCGACUGCUCCUGCCGCGCGGGCUGGGAGGGAGACGGGAUCACGUGUGCGGACCUGGAUGAGUGUGAGAACGGGACGCACAGCUGCAGUGAAGACGCCCGCUGUCUGAACACGCCCGGCUCAUACCGCUGCGCCUGCCUGGAGGGCUUCAUCGGAGACGGCUUCACCUGCACAGAUGUGGAGGAGUGUGCAGAGGAUGUGGAGCUGUGUGAGAACGGUCAGUGCCUCAACACUCCGGGGGGCUUCCGCUGCGAGUGUGAGAUGGGCUUCAACCCCGCGCCCGACAGCCGGUCCUGCCAAGCCUCUACCCUGGAGCCCCUACCCCCGAGCCUCUACCCCUACCCCCGAGCCUCUACCCUGGAGCCCCUACCCCCGAGCCUCUACCCCUACCCCCGAGCCUCUACCCUGGAGCCCCUACCCCCGAGCCCCUACCCCUACCCCCGAGCCUCUACCCUGGAGCCCCUACCCCCGAGCCUCUACCCUGGAGCCCCUACCCCCGAGCCUCUACCCCUACCCCCGAGCCUCUACCCUGGAGCCCCUACCCCCGAGCCUCUACCCUGGAGCCCCUACCCCCGAGCCUCUACCCCUACCCCCGAGCCUCUACCCUGGAGCCCCUACCCCCGAGCCUCUACCCUGGAGCCCCUACCCCCGAGCCUCUACCCCUACCCCCGAGCCUCUACCCUGGAGCCCCUACCCCCGAGCCUCUACCCUGGAGCCCCUACCCCCGAGCCUCUACCCCUACCCCCGAGCCUCUACCCUGGAGCCCCUACCCCUGAGCCUCUACCCCUGGGCCUCUACCCCAGAGCCUCUACCCCCGAGCCUCUACCCUGGAGCCCCUACCCCAGAGCCUCUACCCUGGAGCCCCUACCCCCGAGCCUCUACCCCCGAGCCUCUACCCUGGAGCCCCUACCCCUGAGCCUCUACCCCUGGGCCUCUACCCCAGAGCCUCUACCCCCGAGCCUCUACCCUGGAGCCCCUACCCCUACCCCAGAGCCCCUACCCCAGAGCCUCUACCCCAGAGCCCCUACCCCAGAGCCUCUACCCCAGAGCCCCUACCCCCGAGCCUCUACCCCAGAGCCUCUACCCCAGAGCCCCUACCUCUACCCCAGAGCCCCUACCCCAGAGCCUCUACCCCAGAGCCCCUACCCCCGAGCCUCUACCCCAGAGCCUCUACCCCCGAGCCUCUACCCCAGAGCCUCUACCCCCGAGCCUCUACCCCCGAGCCUCUACCCCAGAGCCUCUACCUCGGAGCCUCUACCCCCGAGCCCCUACCCCCGAGCCCCUACCCCGAGCCCCUACCCCUACCCCGGAGCCCCUACCCCAGAGCCUCUACCUCUACCCCAGAACAUUGAUGAGUGCCUGGAGCUGCCCGGCCUGUGUCAGGGGGGUAACUGUGUGAACGCGUUCGGGAGCUUCCACUGCGGCUGCCCCGCGGGGUACUACCUGAACGAGGAGACCCGCAUCUGCGAGGACAUUGACGAGUGUGUGAUGCAGCCUGGGAUUUGUAGUCCAGGCAUCUGCUACAACACGCUGGGGAACUACACCUGUGUGUGUCCCCAGGAUUACCUGCAGAUCAACGGGGGCAACAACUGCAUGGACAUGAGGAAGAGCCAGUGCUACCGCACCUACAACGGCUCUGUGUGUGAGAACGAGAUGGCGGUGAACCUCACGAGGAGGCUCUGCUGCUGCUCCUACAGCGUGGGCCAGGCCUGGAACAGACCAUGUGAAGCCUGCCCCACACCUGGCACAGGUGGCUAUAAGAAGCUCUGUGGAAACGGCGUUCCUGGGUUUAAGAUCAACAUCGAGACGGGGAAACCUGUGGAUAUCGACGAGUGCCGGGAGAUCCCGGGAAUCUGCACCAGCGGCGUCUGCAUCAACCAGAUCGGGAGCUUCCGCUGCGAGUGUCCGACGGGCUUCACCUACAACGACCUGCUGCUGCUGUGUGAGGACAUUGAUGAGUGCAGCAGUGGGGAGACCCUGUGUCAGAGACACGCAGACUGCAUCAACAGCCCCGGGAGCUAUCGCUGCGAAUGCACAGAAGGAUACACACUAUCUCCCAACGGAGCCUGCCUGGGUGAAUCGAACGAGUGUCUGGAGAUCCCUAAUGUGUGCAGUCAUGAGUGUGUGGACCUGCAGGGGGGGUACCGCUGCGUCUGCCACAACGGCUUCAAGGCCACGCCCGACCGCAAGAUGUGCAUGGACGUGGACGAGUGUGUGCGCAACCCGUGCGGGAACGGGACCUGCAAGAACACGGUGGGGGCCUUCAACUGCCUGUGCUACCCCGGGUUCGAGGUCACGCACAACAACGACUGCAUGGACAUCGAUGAGUGCAGGGUGCAUUAUGGGUCGCUGUGUAGAAACGGUCAGUGCAUCAACAACAUCGGGUCCUUCCAGUGUCUGUGUGAGGAGGGAUACGAACUCACUGCUGACGGCAAGAACUGCCUGGAUGUAAACGAGUGUGUGAUCUUUCCGGGGACCUGUGAGCCGGGGACCUGUCAGAACCUGGACGGCUCGUUCCGCUGCAUCUGCCCGCCCGGCUACAUCGUCCAGAAUGAGCAGUGCAUCGAUGUGAAUGAGUGUGAGGGAGACCCCAACAUCUGCCUGUUCGGGACCUGCGUCAACAACCCCGGCAGCUUCCAGUGCGACUGCAAGCCCGGCUUCAUCCUGUCUGAGAACGGACGGCGCUGUUUCGACACGCGGGAGAGCUACUGCUUCACACAGUUUGACAAUGGGAAGUGCUCCGUGCCGCAGGCCUUCAACACCACCAAGGCCAAGUGCUGCUGCAGCAACAUGCCCCACGAGGGCUGGGGCGACCCCUGUGAGCUGUGCCCCACGCAGACCGACGUGGCCUUUGCGGAUCUGUGCCCGUUUGGACACGGUGUUAUCCCGGGGAUCGGAGACACUCGCAUAGAUCUGAACGAGUGCGUGGAGAACCCCGGCAUCUGCUUCAACGGCCACUGCAUCAACACGGACGGGUCCUUCCGCUGCGAGUGCCCCAUGGGAUACACGCUGGACUUCUCCGGAGUGCGCUGCGUGGAUGCGGACGAGUGUCUGGUGGGGAACCCCUGUGGGAACGGGACCUGCUCCAACGUGGUUGGGGGGUUCGAGUGUAACUGUGAGGACGGGUUCGAGCCGGGGCCCAUGAUGACCUGCGAGGAUAUUAACGAGUGCGGUCAGAACCCUCUGAUCUGUGCGUUCCGCUGCGUGAACACCUUCGGCGCCUACGAGUGCAUCUGCCCCGGCGGGUACACCCUGAGAGCCGACGGGAGGAUGUGUCAGGACCUGGACGAGUGUUCGGAGGGGCUCCACGACUGCGAGGCGCGGGGCAUGACCUGCAAGAACCUCAUCGGCACCUUCAUGUGCGUGUGCCCCCCCGGGAUGGUGCGUCGCCCGGACGACGAGGGCUGCCAGGACGAGAACGAGUGUCGCACGCGCCCGGGGGUCUGUGAGAAUGGCCAGUGCGUGAACACGGCGGGCAGCUACACCUGUGACUGCGGCGAGGGUUUCCGUGGCGACACCACGCGCACACGCUGCCUCGACUACAGGGAGGCCUUCUGCUUCUUCGAGGUGCUGCAGACCAUGUGCCAGAUGUCCUCCAGCAGCCGCAGCCUCUCCACUAAGUCUGAGUGCUGCUGUGACGGGGGGCGGGGCUGGGGCAACCAGUGCGACCUCUGCCCCCUGCCGGGCUCCGCCCACUACAGGAAGCUCUGCCCCCACGGGCGGGGCUACACCACCGACGGCACCGACAUCGAUGAGUGCAAGGUCAUGCCCGACCUGUGCACUAACGGGCGCUGCAUCAACACCAUGGGGUCGUUCAGGUGCCACUGCAAGACCGGCUAUACCGCUGACAUCACGGGCACCUCCUGUGCAGAUGUGGACGAGUGCGGCAUGUCCCCGAAGCCCUGCAACUUCAUCUGUAAGAACACGGAGGGCAGCUACUCCUGCUCCUGCCCCAGAGGAUACCUCCUUCAGGAAGAUGGGCGCACCUGCAAAGAUCUGGAUGAGUGUCAGACGAAGAGGCACAACUGUCAGUUCCUGUGUGUGAACACCAUCGGGGGCUUCACCUGCAAGUGUCCCCCAGGAUUCACCCAGCACCACACAGCCUGUAUCGAUAAUAACGAGUGUGCAUCAGAGCCCUCUCUCUGUGGGGAUAAGGGGAUCUGUCAGAACUCCCCGGGAAGUUUCUCCUGCGAAUGCCAGCGAGGGUUCAACCUGGAUGCCUCUGGACUGCACUGCGAUGAUGUGGAUGAGUGCUCCAGCAGUCACCACCGCUGUCAGCACGGCUGUCAGAACAUGAUGGGGGGGUACCGCUGCACCUGCCCCCAGGGCUACACCCAGCACUACCAGUGGAACCAGUGUGUGGAUGAGAACGAGUGCUCCCUGCCGGGCAGCUGUGGCUCGGCCUCCUGCUACAACACGCUGGGCAGCUUCAGGUGCGCCUGCCCGUCCGGCUACGCCUUCGACCCGGAGGCCAGCGGCUGUGAGGACGUGGACGAGUGCUCCUCUCAGCACAACCCCUGCAGCUACGGCUGCUCCAACACCGAGGGGGGCUACCUGUGCGGCUGCCCGCCCGGCUACUACCGCGUCGGCCAGGGCCACUGUGUGUCGGGUCUGGGGUUCUGGAAGGGGCGCUUCACACCCCCGCGGCCGGGCCGGGGGGAGGAGGUGGAGGAGGAGAACGACCUGUCCCCAGAGGCCUGCUACGACUGCCAGCUCAACGGCCACGCCCGGAAGAGCGGCCGCCGGAGGAGGGGAGCCAACCAGACCGAGCCCCCCCAGGAGCAGCGGGAGCGGCAGGUGAGCCUGGCCAGCGUGGACGCGGCCGUGUCGCUGACGCUGAACGCCUCGCAGCUCGACCCCAAGGAGCACAUCCUGGAGCUGGUGCCCGCCCUCAAACCGCUGGCCAAUCACGUGUCCUACACCAUCACCGCCGGCAACGCGGCGGGGGCCUUCCGCAUCCAGCAGCGCCGGGGCUUGAGCUACCUGCACGCCACCCGCGGGGGGGCCCGGCCGGGGGCCUACGCGCUGGAGGUCACCAGCCGCCCGCUGUACAGCCACGCCCAGCUGCGGGAGCUGGAGGACCGCAGGGACCGGGACUACCUCUCCGGGGAGCUGGGGGAGAACCUGCGCAUGAGGGUGCUGAUCCGGCUGCUGUAG